AUAGUCGACUGUGGAAAAAGAAGACAUUAGCUAGCUGUUUACAGUAAAAUACACUAACAGUUCAUCUGAAUACAGCCAAGAAACGAAGGCGACUGAACAAUGACACAUAUUAAGUUUCUCUGCAGGGGUAAGUGAGGUGUAUCGUACCCCGUCCUAGGAUGGACAGUUAUUUUAAGGCUGCUGUGUGCGACCUGGACAAGCUUUUGGAUGACUUUGAGCUCAACGCAGAGGAGCUUGAGAACAAGCCUGCCACUUUUGCAAGCGCUCCUUGUCCGGACUCCACGAUCAUCCCUGGUCACCAUUUGGACCUUCAGAGCUUCAUACCAGAGCAACACACAGCUACACAAACACUCCCAGAUGUCAAUGCCCUGCACUAUGGACUUACAUCACAAAGUAUUACUUUAAACCAAAAAGAUUCUUAUUCAAAUGAACGGCCGCUCACAGGUGUGGAUCUUCUGUCCUCUGUCGAUAGCAGAGGCAUCAAAAGUUCAGCUCCGCCUUGUCCGGACCGGUCGCUGAAGCCUGUGUGUGACCUGGUGAACGAUACGGGUUCUGCAAACCUCCAGCAGGCUGACAGUCAGGAGGACUUUAAAGAGCUGGAUGUUCCUGAGAAACAAACUAAUGAGGUGCUGCUAGUGGACUUCGAGAGUCUUGUAGUAUCUAGUCCAGAAGAUGCUUCUAACGCCGGUGAAUUACCAAAACUUGACUCUGAGGUUAACUAUAACUCAUUCAGCCUGCUGGAUGUCAUAUUACCGGCCGUUGGUGACCCUCGUGGUUCAAGUAGCAUCACACCUUUGGAGUGCAAUCAGAUUGAAAGUUCUUGUCCUGAGGACUCAAACUCCAAUGAUCAGAACAAUUCUCCAUGCGAAGUCUCAGUGAACGAGGACAGUGUUAGUAAUUCAGAUCCUCAUGCUACAGAUGAAGCUAUUUCAGCAACCAAAGAAGGGCAUGCUGUAUCACUCCAGCCGGACUCAACAGAUACCCAACUGUCUGAAGAUCUCAGUGUUAAAACUCCAGAGGAUUCAGCUGGAAGUCCCUCCUUGGAGAAGGAACCUUCUCUCUCUUGCUUGCCAAUGGCCGUAUCUAUGUGUGGAUCCCUUGUGGCGUCUUUAGACCCACAGACAGCAGUGAUUGAAACCAAAGAUGAGGCUGAACUGGAAAAAAAUUCAGCGAUUCAAGAGGCUGAAGAGUUCAUUCUUCCGUUAGAAAAACCCACAGCUCCGUUCUCCUCCAAUAGGCCUGAUUCCUCACCUGAAGAUGAACCUGAGCUAGUCCAAAUCAUGUCGAACACAGAAAGGGCGACUGCUGUCUCAGGCCAUUACCCUGAAAGAAACUUUAAGCGCACCUUGUCGCCAACAGAGAAAGAGUUGUGUGAAAGCAACCCAUCUCCACCCUAUUCAGAAAGCCCACAUUUUUCCUACGAGUUCAGUAUCGCCAACGAUUACCUUCCUGAAAGCGACCAGACUGUGAUGAUGGUUACGGACGAGGAGCUGGACGCCUUUCUGAUGGGUCAGGAUGUGAAAAUGAACUCCGACGCAGGCGCAGAAAAAUUCGUAGAUGACAGCUUUUCAGAAUUUAACGGAAACGUGGAAGGCUUUUUAGAUGAGGAGCUGCAGAGCUGUAAAGUCGAGACGUUUGCUUCUCCUGAGAGUGAUGGUUCUCUUCAGUAUCUGGAGGAGAGCGAAGGUUCUAGCGUUUCUUCGUCAUCUCAGGACAGCAGCCCGCUGAGGACAGACUCCACACAAACUAUUAUCCAUGAGAAUGCAACCAGCCCUGUUGAGAUUCAGUCAGUUUGUGCCCCCAACCAAGAGUCAAAUUACGGCGGGGCGAGACCAAAGCAGUUAUCCAACCAAACCGCACAGCCUCCAUCUGAAAGACACCGGACCGGCCAUGCUGAACCCAAUGUAGCAGGCCUUUCUGCAGAGCAUGGCUCGCAAAUUUCUCCCAACCAAGAUGAAAAUAACUGUGAACCCCCUUCUUAUCAGCAAUAUGAUGCCAGUUAUGGCCAUGAUGAGCUUUCAGAGCCUCCACCAUACCCAGGAGAGAGUCCUGAUCCACCAGCACACGAGGCCGAGGAUCUGGGGUCAAAGCAGCCUCCUUGGGUGCCAGACUCCGAGGCUCCUAACUGCAUGAAUUGUGAGCAAAAGUUUACCUUUACCAAGAGGAGACACCAUUGCAGAGCAUGUGGGAAGGUGUACUGUGCUAACUGCUGCAACCGCAAAUGCAGACUGAAAUAUCUGGACAAAGAAGCCAGGGUUUGUGUCAUCUGCCAUGUUACCAUACAGAGAGCUCAAGCCCAUGAGAGAAUGAUGAGCCCUACUGGGCCCAGUCCCAAUCCCAACAUCCCAUCAGAGUACUGCUCCACCAUACCGCCCAUGCAGCAGGCCCGUGCCGCCGGCACCCUCAACUCUCCCCCACCCACCGUCAUGGUCCCCGUUUCUGUCCUCAAACACCCCGGUAAUGAUGGGUUUCCACGUGAGCAGAAGCACGUGUGGUUUGCCGAUGGUAUCCUGCCGAACGGUGAGGUCGCCGACACCACCAAACUCUCUGUACAGACCCGGAGAUCCUCUCAGGAGUCGAGCCCAGUAACGCCAGACCCGCCGGGGCCCAAUGGUAAAUUUCCUGGCGAGUGUGAUCAGAGUGCCGGAGGAAGUUCUGACAGCGCUGUUGAGGUGAGCCGCCCGCCCAUUAAAGGCCCGUGGGACUACGGCCUGCUCUGUGUGGUGGGCAGCUGUGUGCAGGGAGUGGUCAGUUUGGUGCCGGAGGACGACGACGGUCUGCCUCCACUGCUUAUUACCACAGGAGAGGAGGAAUAUGGGGAUUUAUUAGUUGAGGAACGUCCUGCUGCUUGCCAAAUAUUGCUGCUGUUGGAAGAGGGAGGCCCACAACCACUGACCUUCGUGCUCAACGCCAAUUUACUGGUGAACGUCAAGAUUGUCACAUAUGGUGGGAAGAGGUGCUGGUGUCUGAGCUCUAAUGGUCUUCAGGGAGUGGGCCAGAAGGAGCUGGUGUUUAUAAUUGAGUGUCUCGCAGAGGAGAACAAUCUGCCUAGAGACCUAUUCAACCUGUAUGUUAGUAUCUACGAGGAUGCACAGAAAGUGUAUCCCUGGCCUUUGGUGAGCGUGCGUUUCCGUGACUCCGUUUUCAAAGAGGCGGGCCACACCAUCAUGAAUCUGCUCACAGAUCUGAGGAACUACCAGUACAGUUUACCUGUGGUGGAAAGUCUGCGAGUGCACAUGGAGAUGGGCAACAGCUACAUCGACAUUCCUAAGUCCAGGUUUAAUGAGAUGCUGAAGGUGGUGAACUCCUCCAAUGAACACGUGAUCAGUUUUGGCGCCUGUUUCAGCACUGAGGCCGAUUCUCACUUGGUUUGCAUGCAGAACGAGGACGGAAGCUACCAGACGCAAGCCAACAGUAUACCAGGAAAAACCAGGAGAGUGACUGGAGCUAGUUUUGUGGUUUUUAACGGUGCUCUGAAAGCCUCAUCAGGAUUCAUUGCCAAAUCCAGCAUUGUGGAGGACGGGUUAAUGGUGCAAAUCCCUCCGGAGACCAUGGAAGGUUUACGACAGGCCCUCAGGGACCAAACCGACUUUCAGAUCCCCUGUGGGAAGGCAGAUUCGGAUGAGACACGGGAAAAUGUGAAUGUACGCUGGGUCGACUGGACUGCACCCGUCAACUCUGGAGUCAUCAGUCCGGUGGAUGGCAGGUCUCUAGAGGGAGUGUCAAGCGUCAAGAUUCAACAGGACUCAGAGUUUGAGAUGGACGGCCAAACCAUCAGGUGUACUGAGGUCUUCUAUCUGCUGAAGUCUUCAGACGUCUCACUGUCUGCUAUCCUCACGUCAUCGGCUCAGUUUCAGAGAGAGAUCGCCACCGCCAGCUGCGCCGCCCUCUGCCCUCACCUCUCUGUGCUCUUGGCGAAUGGAUUCAACUCUCUCGCACUCCGGGUCUCCACCGACUCAGACAUGGUUGAGUACCAGGCUGGCUCUGGUGGCCACCUCCUGCCUCAGAAGUAUAUGAAUGAUCUGGACGGGGCUCUAAUUCCCGUCAUCCACGGAGGAAGCUCCUGUGUCCCCCAUCAGGACAUGGACAUGGAGUUUUUCUUCUACAUCUCACUGAGCAUUUGAAAGCUGGUGACUUACAAACUUUGCAUCCACAGGCAGCCAUUGGGACCUUCACGACUGGUAGCAAUGAAUCGCAGAUACGUAGAGACAGACUUCGUAUCUGAUCUCUGACAAGGUAUGGAGAGUUUGAUGCAUUUUAGAGGAACUUCACUGAAGUGGAACUAUAUUAGCGAUCCUUUAGAAUAAAGCAGAGGUCAGCAACAAAAAUAAAAACGUGAGAACUUUGCUGUGCUUCUUCGUGUUUCCAUUGUCUGUUCAAUGGAUGCCGGUCGAUGAAUGUUGGUUUGAAUGCAAACAGAAUUGUUUAUGUAUGACUAUGAUGUCAGAUAUACCGAUAAUUAUAAUCGUUACUCGAUUGCACACAUGGCAACCGUGCAUAUGAAGUGCUGCAUUUCUUUAUGUCUGUUUUUUCUGAGCUGGAAUCUGCAAUGUUUUUUUCCCAUCCAUCAUAAUUUG